GAGAGAGAGAGAGAGAGAGAGAGAGAGAGAGAGAGAGAGAGAGAGCUGCCUUAUAGCUGCUAAGACUGCGGACAGAAAUAGCACAACCACUGUGAGCUGUGCGCGACUCAUUUUAUCCAAGACCACAUUUUAUCUACUUUCAUUAAUCAGUUGCUCAGAAAGAAGGAAAUGACAUCUGGUCCAUUCUUCUUCUGCAUCUUCAUUAUUGGAAAAUAUUUCACUCCUGGGAGCGCACAGAAUGUAAGCUGUCCCCUUGGUUCCUUCCCCUGUGGGAACAUCACCAAGUGCUUGCCUCAACUGCUUCAUUGCAAUGGUGUGGACGACUGUGGGAACCAAGCUGAUGAGCACAACUGUGGAGACAACAAUGGGUGGUCUCUACAAUUCGACAAAUACUUUGCUACUUACUACAGACUGACUUCCACGCGUCCCUUGGUGGCAAAAACUUCUGAAUGCUUGGUUGGCUCUGUGCCCAUGCAUUGUUUGUGCCGAGAUCUAGAGCUUGACUGUGAUGGAGCCAAUUUACGAGCUGUCCCGUCAGUUUCUUCCAAUGUGACUGUAAUGUCCCUGAAGCAGAACUUCAUACGAUCACUCCCUCCCAACGGCUUCAGAAAGUACCAUGAGCUUCAAAAGCUGUGCCUGCAAAACAAUAAGAUUCGCUUCGUGUCAGUCUCUGCUUUCAGAGGAUUGCGCAGCCUCACUAAGCUGUAUCUCAGCCACAACAGAAUAACCUUCCUGAAGCCAGGAGUCUUUGAAGAUCUCCACAGAUUGGAAUGGCUGAUAAUUGAAGACAAUCACCUCAGUCGGAUUUCCCCACUCACGUUCUAUGGACUAAAUUCUCUCAUUCUCUUAGUGCUGAUGAAUAAUGUCCUCACCCAUUUGCCUGACAAACCCCUCUGUCAGCACAUGCCCCGGCUGCAUUGGCUGGACUUUGAAGGCAACCAUAUUCAUAAUUUAAGAAAUUUGACUUUCAUUUCCUGCAGUAAUUUAACUGUCUUGGUAAUGAGAAAAAACAAAAUUAAUCACAUAAAUGAAUGUGCGUUUGCACACCUCCAGAAACUAUAUGAAUUGGAUUUGGGAAUUAAUAGGAUUGAAAUUCUUCCACGGAACAUAUUUAAGGACCUGAAGGAGCUGUCACAAUUAAAUAUAUCCUAUAAUCCAAUCCAGAAAAUUGAAGUAAAUCAAUUUGAUUAUCUUGUGAAACUGAAGUCUCUCAGUCUAGAAGGAAUUGAGAUUACAAAUAUCCAACAAAGGAUGUUUAGGCCUCUCACGAAUCUCACUCACAUAUAUUUUAAGAAGUUUCAGUACUGUGGAUAUGCACCACAUGUGCGAAGCUGUAAGCCCAACACGGAUGGGAUCUCAUCUUUUGAGAACCUCUUGGCAAACAUCAUCCAGAGAGUUUUUGUCUGGGUUGUGUCUGCAGUCACCUGCUUUGGAAACAUUUUUGUCAUCUGUAUGCGGCCAUACAUCAGGUCUGAGAACAAGCUACAUGCCUUGUCCAUCAUUUCUCUCUGCUGCGCUGAUUGCCUAAUGGGAGUAUAUUUAUUUGUGAUCGGAGCCUUUGACCUCAAGUUUCGGGGAGAGUACAACAAAUAUGCCCAGCCAUGGAAGGACAGUCCUCAUUGUCAGUUCAUGGGGUCUCUGGCCAUUCUGUCCACGGAAGUGUCUGUUUUACUGUUAACAUUUCUGACCCUGGAAAAAUACAUCUGCAUUGUGUAUCCUUUCCGGUGUUUAAGGCCCCGGAAGUGCAGAACGAUCACAACUUUGACUUUCAUCUGGAUUAUUGGGUUUAUAGUAGCCUUUGCUCCGCUCAUCCACAAGGGAUUCUUUAAAAACUACUAUGGCGCCAACGGAGUGUGCUUUCCUCUCCACUCAGAAGACUCGGGAAGUACUGGAGCCCAGAUUUACUCAGUGGUGAUUUUUCUAGGUAUUAACCUGGUGGCAUUUAUCAUCAUCGUGUUCUCCUAUGGCAGCAUGUUUUACAGUGUUCAUCAGAGUACCAUAACAGCAGCUGAGAUACAGAAGCAAGUGAAAAGGGAGAUGAUCCUCGCCAAGCGCUUUUUCUUGAUUGUGUUUACUGACGCACUGUGCUGGAUUCCCAUUUUUAUUCUGAAAUUUCUUUCACUGCUUCAGGUGGAUAUACCAGAUACUAUCACCUCUUGGGUGGUGAUUUUUAUUCUGCCUAUCAACAGUGCUUUGAACCCGAUUAUCUAUACUUUGACCACCAGACCUUUCAAGGAAAUGAUCCAUCAGCUCUGGUACAACUAUAGACAAAGAAGGUCUGUUGAUAGAAAAGGGACUCCAAAGGCAUAUGCUCCGUCAUUCAUCUGGGCAGAAAUGUGGCCCUUGCAAGAGAUGCCCACUGAGUUCAUGAAGCCAGUGGUUUUCACAGACCCCUGUGAUCUGUCACUAGUUUCUCAGUCAUCUAGACUCAAUUCUUACUCAUAAAUGACUUUGGAAAACAUUGAUUCUCGGAGAACUCUGUGAAGAGCUUCUAGAGGGAUUUGCUGAUAGGAAGUAAAUGCCACAAAAUGUUUAACUUAUGGCUAAGACAAGUUCACUUAUAGUGACACAAGGCUGGGGAAAGGUAGCUGGUGUUCAUACAAAGAGAAGUGAUUACACUGACAAUGUGUGCAUGCAUAUUAGUACAUAUUUGCAUAGGAAAUGAAGGAAAUCUAUUCUAGCAUGCAUUUACGCACACUGCAUGGAGAUUAAAUGCUGGACACACACAAUAUAAAGCCUUUUAAAUCUUCAUAAUGUGUUUAACGACUAAACACAAAUUCUACCCACAGCUCCUAGAUUCCUCUGUUGUGCAUAUCAGCAAACAUAAGACCCAUACACAUUUUAAAAUUAAGGUCUAAAGUUUUAUGAUACUCAAAGAUAACUGCGUCAGGUAAAAUGUGUGAAGCCCAUGAGAUGCUCAGCAGAUAAAAGUGAUUACUAUACAAGCAUGCUGGCCUGAGAUCAAUAUCUGGAUCCCAUGAAAAGGUGG